AUUUAUGUUAUUUGACUCGGCUGUUUUUUUAUGCGUUUGGUUGUGAUCAGGUUGCUAGUUGCGAUGGGCGAUCUGCAACGCAACAUUUGUGAGCAUAACCUUUAAAAUGCACAUUGACGUUUUGUUUUGGUUAACUCUGAAGUUUGCAACAUUUUGAAAAAUUAGUCCACUUUAUUCACUCUUUAUUCAUAGUUAAUAUUAAUAAUGUCCGCUGCCCUAGUUCGUAAAAGUUUAGCAUUGGUAGACGCGGAAUUCUCAGAUAAAGGAAAACAAAACAAAUGUGAUAAUGUUCUGAGUCAAUUAAUGCCAGAAAGUCAGAAACUGAAGAGACAACUGCUUCAUAAAGGUCGAAAAGGACAAAAGGUUAAUCUACUGCAGACAGAAAAAAAGUUCACAGUAUCUGAAGCUAAAAAAACUCAAAAAUCCAAAGACGCAAUAUUGAAGGCAAAUCUUGAACGGCUGAAAUUAAUACGGGCAGCUUGCAAAAUAGACUUGGAAGAAGAAAUAACACAAAAAUUAAUUGAACGAGCAGUAACGAAGAAACCUAUUAAAAAGAAGAGCAAAGUUAAAGUCGAACAGAAGACUGCAUUCACUGAAGAAGACUUCAAGAAGUUCGAAGAAGAAUACUUCGACGAAGAUUAAUUUGUUAUCAUUCAACAUGAAUGAUAGGACUGUAGGAAUUUACGGUCUUCUAGGCUCUUUUAUCGUCAUACUAUUCCUUUUUGUACGAAUGAUAGUAAUACCAAAUCUUCCAUUGGAUCCAGAGUAUGAAGAAAUGUUGCUACCACCUACAUAUUUACUUUUAUCACUAGGAACCUGCGGAUUGAUUUUUCUCGGCUCACUUAUGAUCUACACCACAUACACAUUAUACACAAUCAAAACCACUAAUCAUCGUUCAUAGUUAUUUAAGAUUGAAUUGUCUUAAGUUAUAUUCUUAAUACAAUAAAUGUUCAAAGUGAAUUCGAAA